AUGGAGCUGUUCAGCGCAGCUGCACUAAAAUCCAGUGGGCUGAAGAGUGUCACAUCAGCCAAAGAAGACUUGAUCAUAAAGAAGGAGAGAAGAGUCUGCUGCUCCACGUGGCUGCAGAAUGUGAGGAUCCAUGUGGCUGCAGACUGCGAGGAAGCACCUUUUAAAACGAUUUCUUCGGAGGCCUUGGUGGCUGCAUCUUGGACUGCACCUCCUCUGUGCCCUCCCCUGUCACCACCUGGCCAUAUUGCAGCCCAACGAAUCCUCACCAACCAGCUGGUAGAGUCCCUGGCUCUCCACAGAGUUCUCAGAAAAUCAUUAAGCUCCCAGGGUUGCCUGGGCCUCGACAUUCUGGGUAAAGAGCUGCACUAUGAGCCCUGCCAGGAUGAGCCAGGCCACACAGCGGCCUGGCAAGGGGACCACAUAGCCGGCGGCCGGAGACGCACGGCGCGGCGCGCUCCAUCGCCACGCCGCCCCGCAGACCCUCCAUCUUCCUGCUCAGCCCCUGGCCCCACUCGCCCCUGCCUUGGGGAUCCGGCUUCUCUCUGGGGCGCCUGCCCGCCCCCACCCCACCACACUCCACCCCACUCCCGGCCUUCCGCGGCUCCCCUGCCCGGUCCCCCUCCCCCGCCACACACGCUGACACGCGCACGCGAACACACACACUCACACGCUGACACGCCAGCGAGCUGCUGGCCGCUCAACGGAGCGAUUUCCCCGCUUUCCCUGAUCCCAGCACAGCCUGGGAUGAGAAAUUGCAAAAUGGCCCGGGUCGCCAGUGUGCUGGGGCUGGUCAUGCUCAGCGUCGCAGUGCUGAUUUUAUCACUCAUCAGCUACGUGUCCCUGAAAAAGGAGAACAUCUUCACCAUUCCCAAGUACGCCAGCCCGGGGGCGCCCCGAAUGUACGCGUUCCAGGCGGGAUUCCGGUCACAGUUUGCGCUGAAGUUUCUAGAUCCGUCAUUUGUGCCCAUUACGAAUUCUCUGACCCGCAAACUCGAAAAGAAACCUAAGUGGAGAUUUAAUCGGACAGCGUUUUUACAUCAAAGGCAAGAAAUUCUUCAGCAUGUCGAUGUAAUAAAAAAUUUUUCUUUGACCAAGAAUAGUGUUCGGAUUGGACAACUGAUGCACUAUGAUUAUUCCAGCCAUAAAUAUGUUUUUUCUAUUAGCAAUAGCUUCCGAUCACUGCUUCCAGAUAUGUCGCCCAUUGUGAAUAAGCAUUAUAAUAUUUGUGCGGUGGUUGGAAAUAGUGGGAUCCUGACAGAGAGCCAGUGUGGACAAGAAAUAGAUAAGUCAGAUUUUGUUUUCCGUUGCAAUUUCGCCCCUACGGAGCCUUUCCAAAGAGAUGUUGGAAGGAAAACCAACGUUACCACCUUCAACCCCAGCAUCCUGGAAAAAUAUUACAACAAUCUUUUGACCAUUCAGGACCGUAACAACUUUUUCCUCAGUUUAAAAAAGCUCGAUGGGGCCAUUCUUUGGAUCCCUGCGUUUUUCUUCCACACUUCAGCAACUGUUACCAGAACAUUAGUUGACUUUUUUGUUGAACACAGAGGUCAGUUAAAGGUCCAACUGGCUUGGCCUGGAAAUAUAAUGCUGCAUGUCAACAGGUACUGGAAAAACAAACAUUUGUCGCCCAAACGGCUGAGCACAGGUAUUCUUAUGUACACCCUUGCAUCAGCAAUAUGUGAAGAGAUCCACUUGUAUGGAUUUUGGCCUUUUGGACAGGACCCCAACACAGAGGAAGAUCUUCCAUACCAUUACUAUGACAAAAAAGGAACCAAAUUUACCACCAAGUGGCAGGAGUCCCACCAGCUGCCUGCUGAGUUUCAGCUGCUGUACCGAAUGCAUGCGCAAGGGCUCACCAAGCUGACUCUGUCACACUGUGCCUAA